GAGACGACGUGCCCUGCUCCGACGUCCAAACCUGCGAACAAAUGGAUUGCUUUGAGAAUGGAAAGUUUUGUACUCAGUUGGGCUCCCAGCAGCACAGGGACAGCAGUGGCUGUCAGGUGAAUGAGGCUGACAGACCUGUCAAACGUCUCCGAAGGAAGAGAAGGCUGCUUCUGGAGUCUGAGGAUGACGAGGAAAAUGCAGAUGAGGAUGAGGAGAAGAAUAAAUCAAAUAAUAUGAAAAGCCGCAGAAACACUAAACCAAUAAAACAAGUUGUUCCUGGAAAGAAGAAGGUAUGGAACUGGGUUUCCUACUUAGAAGAGGAACGGAUGCCAGCUGCUCCCUUAAAACUGUUCAGAGAGUAUCAGUCAUUCCCACAAGGUCGAAAUGGAUUUAAAGUUGGAAUGAAGUUGGAAGGGCUGGAUCCUGAACACCCCUCUCGAUUUUGUGUUCUCACAGUGGCUGAGGUGCAAGGGUACAGAAUGCGAUUACACUUUGAUGGUUAUCCAGAGUGCUAUGACUUCUGGGUUAAUGCUGAUUCCUCAGACAUCCAUCCUGUUGGCUGGUGUGAAAAAACAAGUCAUAAGCUGCUCCCUCCUAAAGGUUUCAAGGAGGGAGAAUUUAAUUGGACUUCCUAUUUGAAGAAUUGCAAAGCUCAAGCAGCUCCAAAAAGCCUUUUUAAGACCCUCAGCACUCCUGUCACACCCUCUGGUUUUCGUCUGGGAAUGAAACUAGAGGCAGUGGACAAGAAGAAUCCGUCACUGAUGUGUGUUGCAACCAUCACGGACAUGGUGGAUAACCGCCUGCUAAUUCAUUUUGAUAACUGGGAUGAGAGUUAUGACUACUGGUGUGAAGCUAGCAGCCCAUAUAUUCGUCCUGUUGGCUACUGCCAAGAAACUGGAACCCCACUGACAACACCACCUGGAUACAAGGAUUCCAAAGGCUUCUCAUGGGAGAAAUACUUGGAAGAAACUAAUUCCCAGGCAGCCCCAGCAAGAGCAUUCAAACUGCGUCCUGCUCACGGAUUCCAAGUUAAUAUGAAGUUAGAGGCUGUGGACAGAAGAAAUCCCAUCUUGAUAAGAGUGGCAACAAUAGUUGACAAAGAUGACCAUCGCAUUAAGAUACAUUUUGAUGGUUGGGACCGCAAUUAUGAUUUCUGGGUCGAUGCAGACAGCCCUGAUGUUCAUCCAGUAGGCUGGUGUGCAAAAACUGGACAUGCUUUGCAAGUCCCUCUAGGUGCUGUUGAUCCAGUGGGAACAGUGGGACAAGCGUGUCCUACUCCAGGCUGCCACGGUAUCGGUCAUGUCAGGGGACCACGAUACGGAACUCAUUAUACGUUAGUUGGCUGCCCAUAUUCUGAUGUGAACCUCAACAGAGAAAACUUGUUACAGGACCGCCUGAGUGGGGAGAGACCUUCCCCUAGCAAUAGCAUGCAGAAAGCCAAGCGGCUGGAGGCUCCUGCCCCCUUUCUGGUGGGAGCAGGAGAGUCUUCUCAGGAGGACUCUCCACAAUCCAGAAAAUCUGCACAAGACAGUGAAAAGUCAUGUCAAAGCAGUGUUCACAGUCUGUCGGAACAGUCUGAAAACAAUCAAGAGAGAGACUGGGUAGAAGAGGAUUCCUCUGCAGACAUCAAAGCCAAACCAAAAAAGCUUGGGUGCUCGCAUGCCUAUAUAAAGUUCCAGCUGGUGAAACAGGAAAGCAAUGGGAAAGACCCCGAUUUGGAUCUCCAGCAGGCCCUCCACCAGUCCAUCUUCAUGCCUUCCCUGGCCUCUAACCCGACCCACCGCCUCCAUCUCUGCUGGGAGCAGCACUGCAAGCUCUUGCCAGAGGUCUCGGGCCUCACGGCCAAGCACGUGGCCAAAUGGACUGUGGAAGAGGUGGUAAGCUUUAUCCAGCGUUUACCUGGUUGCAAAGAGCAAGCAUCUGUUUUCAGGGAAGAGCAGAUAGAUGGUGAGGCUUUCCUGCUCCUGAACCAGAGCGACAUAGUUAAAAUACUCAGUAUCAAGCUGGGUCCUGCCCUGAAGAUCUACAACGCCAUUCUCAUGUUCAAGUCUGCAGAAGACAACUGA